AUGCGCCUUCUCGCUCUCCUCGGGCCCAACGCUUAUGCCCGCCGAGAGGUCAGAGGUCGCGGCAGUGGCGACGGCGGCAGAUCCAUCAUGGCGGCGCCUGAGGUAGAAGCGGCUUCCUGAGCUCCCGCGAAGGACUCCCGACCAUGCACAGCUUGGCCACGACCGCGCCUGUGCCAACGGCACUUGCUCAGGUUGAUCGAGAGAAAAUAUAUCAAUGGAUCAAUGAGCUGUCUAGCCCUGAAACCCGUGAAAAUGCACUGCUGGAGCUGAGCAAAAAGCGAGAGUCUGUCCCCGAUCUUGCCCCAAUGCUAUGGCACUCCUUUGGAACAAUAGCCGCUCUCUUACAGGAAAUCGUAAAUAUUUACCCAUCUAUAAAUCCACCAACUUUGACAGCUCACCAAUCCAACAGAGUCUGCAAUGCUUUGGCACUUCUGCAGUGUGUUGCAUCGCAUCCAGAAACCAGGUCAGCCUUCCUUGCUGCUCAUAUACCCCUCUUCUUGUAUCCCUUCUUGCACACUGUGAGCAAGACUCGUCCCUUUGAGUAUCUGCGACUCACAAGCCUUGGCGUAAUAGGUGCUCUGGUGAAGACAGAUGAGCAAGAAGUAAUUAACUUCUUACUGACGACUGAAAUUAUCCCUUUGUGCUUACGCAUCAUGGAGUCUGGCAGUGAACUUUCCAAAACGGUUGCUACCUUUAUUCUACAGAAGAUCCUAUUGGAUGAUACGGGACUGGCUUACAUCUGCCAAACAUAUGAGAGAUUUUCUCAUGUUGCAAUGAUAUUGGGUAAAAUGGUCCUGCAACUUUCUAAAGAGCCUUCUGCCAGACUGUUGAAACAUGUGGUCCGUUGUUACCUUCGCCUUUCCGAUAAUCCAAGAUGUAGGGCACGGGAAGCCCUCAGGCAGUGCCUUCCUGACCAGCUGAAAGACACCACCUUUGCCCAGGUCCUGAAGGAUGACACCACCACCAAGCGCUGGCUGGCACAGCUGGUCAAGAACCUGCAGGAAGGCCAGGUCACCGACCCCAGGGGCAUCCCCCUUCCUCCACAGUGACAGCCAAGGAGGUGGCAGAACCCCGGAGGAAACAGCUCAGGUUUACAGACAGCCAGGAACCAAUGACCUCUUCCAGAUCCUGUCAGGCACGCACGGGCAGCUUCUUGGACUGUGAAAAGCUACCUGGACUGCAGGCCCUUUCUAUAGCAACUUUUCACCAUGCCUCUGAGGAUCGUGACACCAGCAAACACAGUUGGGACCGAGAAGCCCUCUUUUUGGGUGCAGGCUUUGUUGCACUGUUCAGUUGAGCACCAAGCUGGGCAUUGUUGCUUCCAACAGGAUCUCUGUUUGGUUCAACGUGGCAGGCCUGGGAAGCGUUCCUCAGAUUCCUUGUUGUUCAGUGUUUACAUGUAAGUUCAAUAAAGGUUGGUCUAGUCAUUUGACCCUCUUAGGAGUACCUUUUGAGCUGCAUCUAGCUCUAAACAGAAGAGGACUGCUUCCCUCUUGACAACUGGGAAUUAUGUUUUCAUCCCCUAAUUCAUUGUUUUGAUGAGGUCAGCCACUGUGGCUUCAGUGCUUAGAAUUAUCACUCUGGGAAGAUUGGGUGAGGACAGUAAUAGAUGUUAUCCUCGCCUCUUACGGGAUUGUUCCUGGUAUGUCAGAAGGCACUGACUUCCUGGAUUAUAUUCCUGUGGCCAUGCAGUAGGAACAAUUCCUCCCUAUGUGACUAUAUUUGAACCACUGUCAAGUGUUCUAUUGAUCCACGUACACCAACCUCCUAGUCAGUAUGACCCAGAAUGCUACCAAAACAUUCCUUUUAGCAGUCAGACUUCAGCAGGGCUGGGGAGGGAGGCUUGUUGUAUAGUUGCCACAUCUUAGAACCAGCAAGCCAUGUGGCUUUGGACUUUGGUGCAGCCAGGGCCACAGGUUAAUGCAGCAACCAUAGGGCUCAACAGAGCAGGCAGGGACCAAGAGCUAUUUCAGGCAGCCAGUAAAGGCUGCAGGUAUUUCAGCCUUGCUGGUUGCUGUCAGCAAGUGCAGUGGCUGUAAAUGCAAGGGUCCCUGUGCUCUUUAUCUUCUUCCCAUGCUACCAGGCUGAGUGUGUCCAAUUCAUCAAGUAGAAUGUGCCCCCUUCCCCUGUGGUUGGUGUGUCCUGUGGCAGAGGAGCCAUUAAGCAUUCUGUAGAGGCAGCCUUUCCCCUGCCCUCUGUGUGAAAGAAGCGAAGAAAGAGUGUGUGUUUGUGUUGCAGGACGGAGGAACUCAUCCAGGCUGCUUGUCAGUUGCAUAGCACGACUGGGAGUAGGCAGCUUCUGUUUCCAUGCCAGAUCCCUUAGCAUCAGCACUUGUUGCAGCUUUGGGUAGGAACCUGUUUUCUCUUUCCCCACCUUAUUUUUUCCUUUGCUGAUGGCUGGCCAGGCCACGCCAAGAGUGUCUUAACUCUUCCCUCUCUACAUGGACUGCUUUUGCUCUUACAGCGGCUCCCAGUUUUAUACCAGCCUUGUUUUUUCCAUCCCUGCCUUGAGUGGACUUUACCAACUGCUUCUGUUUUGUAACUUGAAUAAAAAAUAAGCCAAAUCCUAA